UUAUCCGGAGGGGAAAGUAUUAGAAUCGGUUUCAAAGGAGGGAAAAUCCAGGUUUUGUGCAAAGAAUUGCAUUGCAACCAGAGAGGACAUAACUUCUGUCAAUUAAGAGAAACAAUAUUGCACCCCGAAGUGUAGUCUUUGGUGAUAUUUUUACUUGUUCUGUGAAUACUUUUAUUUGUAAAGAAUAUAUUUUUUCCGUUUAUUUUGACUGAAGUGUGCUGAAAGCAUUCUCUUCAUUUUGAUACGGACUGGUUUUUAGCUUUAUAAAUUGGAUCAUUUAACGCACGGGCAUUGCCUGUAAAUUGUAUUCACAUUUGGUGUUUAUCAAUUGCAAGACGAAUAUGUUUCUCCGUUUUUGUCUACUGCUGACAUUUGUCUUGGGGCUGACCGGGUCCUUUGGCUCAUAUGUACCCUGCGAGCCGUGCGACCAGAAGGCGCUCUCUAUGUGCCCCCCGGUCCCCGUCGGUUGUCAACUCGUGAAGGAGCCUGGCUGUGGUUGCUGCCUAACCUGUGCCCUAUCGGAAGGUCAGGCGUGCGGUGUUUACACCGGAACAUGCACCCAUGGCUUGCGCUGCUUGCCGCGGAAUGGAGAGGAGAAGCCCCUUCACGCGCUCCUUCAUGGCAGGGGAGUGUGCACGAACGAGAAAGGAUACAAACCCCUCCAUCCACCCAUAGAUCAUGAGUCUCUGGAACACGAGGACACCCUGACAACUGAGAUCACGGAGGACCAACAGCAGCCCGCCAAAGUGCCGCUCCUCCCCAAGCAGGACCUCAUCAACAGUAAGAAGAUCCAGGCCAUGCGCAAGGACAAGGACCGCAAGCGGGCACAGGCAAAACUGCGCUCCAUUGGCCCCAUGGACUACUCCCCACUACCCAUUGACAAGCACGAGCCAGAGUUUGGUCCUUGCAGGAGGAAGCUGGAUGGGAUCAUCCAGGGAAUGAAGGACACAUCCCGUGUCAUGGCCCUGUCCCUGUACCUUCCCAACUGUGACAGGAAGGGCUUCUUCAAACGCAAACAGUGCAAGCCCUCUCGUGGCAGGAAGCGAGGCAUCUGCUGGUGCGUAGAUAAGUACGGCUCGCAGGUUCCCGGCACAGACUACAGCGGGGGCGACAUCCAGUGCAAGGACCUAGAGAGCAGCAGCAUCAACGAGUGAAUAGGCGGCUCUGCCCCACCCCGAUCACCUGACCCAGGGCCUCACCUCCUCCUUUCCCUCCCACCUGUCUGCUUCGCCCUCCAGUCACUUUUUGAGAUUUUCAAGACGAAAAAAAAAUAAGACAACUAAACAAAUCAAAUGAAUGAACGAAAGGACAGGCUUGAAAAAAGGACACCUGAAAUCUUUUUAUUUUUUUUGACCGUGCGCUCAUCUCUUAAAAGACGGAACCCAGCAGGUUUUAAGCCCUUGUUUGACCCUCGGGCCCCUCCCCCACUAAGAGCUGUGCUCGGGCCCCUCCCCCACUAAGAGCUGGGCUCGGGCCCCUCCCCCACUAAGAGCUGGGCUCGGGCCCCUCCCCCACUAAGAGCUGGGCUCGGGCCACUCCCCCACUAAGAGCUGGGCUCGGGCCCUUCCCCCACUAAGAGCUGGGCUCUGGCCCCUCCCCCGCUAAGAGGUGGGAGCCUCACUAACGAUUCAUGAAAAUAUAUACUUCUAUUGAUAUAUUUUUAUAGCAACACCAAACUUUGUAUGAUUUAAAGCUAACAUAAAAUGGAUGAAAAAAUUCAUAUAAGUCACUUUGAUUAUAAACAGGAAUGUUUUGAUCUUUCACAUCUAUUGCUAUUGAUGUGUCAGAGGAGAUAGCUGGAUCUUCUAUUGAGGUGUCAGAGGAGAUAGCUGGACCGUCUAUUGAGGUGUCAGAGGAGAUAGCUGGACCUUCUAUUGAGGUGUCAGAGGAGAUAGCUGGACCGUCUAUUGAGGUGUCAGAGGAGAUAGCUGGACCGUCUAUUGAGGUGUCAGAGGAGAUAGCUGGACCUUCUAUUGAGGUGUCAGAGGAGAUAGCUGUUCCUUCUAUUGAGGUGUCAGAGAAGGUAGCUGGACCUUUUAUUGAGGUGUCAGAGAAGCUAGCUGGACCUUUUAUUGAGGUGUCAUAUGACAUAGCUGGAUCUUCUAUUGAGGUGUCAGAGAGGAUACCUGGACCUUACAUUGAGGUGUCAGAGGAGAUAGCUGGAACUUCUAUUGAGGUGCCAGAGGAGAUAGUUGGAACUUCUAUUGAGGUGCCAGAGGAGAUAGCUGGACCUUCUAUUGAGGUGUCAGAGGAGAUAGCUGUUCCUUCUAUUGAGGUGUCAGAGAAGGUAGCUGGACCUUUUAUUGAGGUGUCAGAGAAGCUAGCUGGACCUUUUAUUGAGGUGUCAUAUGACAUAGCUGGAUCUUCUAUUGAGGUAUCAGAGAGGAUACCUGGACCUUACAUUGAGGUGUCAGAGGAGAUAGCUGGAACUUCUAUUGAGGUGCCAGAGGAGAUAGUUGGAACUUCUAUUGAGGUGCCAGAGGAGAUAGCUGGACCUUCCAUUGAGGUGUCAGAGGAGAUAACUGGACCUUCUAUUGAGGUGUCAGAGGAGAUAGCAGGACCUUCUAUUGAGGUGUCAGAUGACAUAGCUGGACCAUCUAUUGAGGUGCCAGAGGACAUAGCUGGACCUUCUAUUUAGGAGUCAGAGGAGAUAGCUGGACCUUCUAUCGAGGUGUCAGAGACCAUACCUGGACCAUCUAUUGAGGUGUCAGAGGACAUAGCUGGACCUUCUAUUUAGGUGUCAGAGGAGAUAGCUGGACUUUCUAUUGAGGUGUCAGAGGACAUAGCUGGACCUUCUAUUGAGGUGCCAGAGGAGAUAGCUGGAACUUCUAUUGAGGUGUCAGAGGACAUAGCUGAACCAUCUAUUGGCAGAAAAAAAGACUUGAGAGGGUCUUUCUGAUACAUUUGACUCUAUCUGGGUAUUUGGUUCUGUCAGAGCACUUAUGAAUAAGGGAACCUGCUUGGAUAUGUGUUACUUCACUAAUUUUGUGUGAGCAUGCAUGUAUGUGUGUGCGUGCGUGUGUGUGUGAAAGAGAAAGGGAGUGAGCUUAACACAAGAAUGUCCUUUUUUUCCUCUCGCUCUCUUUUGGUCUUUUUACAACAACAACAACAACAACAACAACAUUUAUGUCUGGUGCUUGAAGUAGUCUUGAGGAUGGCAUUCUCACACUAGGCUAUGUAAACCUAGGUCUAUGGGAGAUGGAGAGUGUUUGACACAAUAAUCAGAUCAUUACAGACAAACCUAUGUUAGUUGCUCAUUGACUCUGUAGCUAGCCUGACAUGCCAACUGUGCCUAUUGUUACCAUACACUGCCAUGCAGGGCAACACAGAACUUAACGGAGAACACUGCCCCUACUGGUGAAGGGAAAACUGACACAAAGUGCUCAUACUGUCAUCUGAUGUGAGCUCUGCUUGGCCCAACAACCGGGACUUAAAGAAUAGUGGAAUGAACCGUACAGUCCAGCAAUAACUAACAACAGUAAUUCUUUGUUUUGCUAAAGUAUGGGCAAAAAUUGUGAGAACAAGGAUUAAGCACGUUGCGGACUUGCAUUCACCAGUGAGGUUAGCUGUUUUUUUGUGUGUCUCAGUUGCUCGAGGGUGUUAGUCUUGUGUGGUUUUGUUUGUACUGUUGUGAAGUAGUAACCGCCCACUUUUGAGCCGUGUUCCUUAACCAACGGGCCUGAUACCAUGGCCACCACGGCUACAGUGGAACCUUGGUGAAUUACUUUUGGCUAUAAAUUAACUUUUUUUUUUUUUUUUUACUAAAGAAAUACAAUGUACUGGUGCUUGGGAAAAAGACGUGUGUAUUUUAGCCUGUAAACAAUUUGAAUGGUUCCAUGAUGCCUGGCCAUCCUUAUUUGAAUAUGAGACAGUCAAAAAAAGCUAUAUCCCACCUAUUUUCUUCCCCCUUGGCUUGCACGCUGCCCCUCCUCCUCGACAACUUGUUUUCUAUACAACACAACAUUACUUGCAAUCGAAAUGGUGAGCAGUUUUCCUUUUAUUAUUAUUAUUAUUUUUCUACCUUUAUUUCAACAAGAAACACAGACUGAGACCAAGGUCUCUUUUACAGCUGGGCCCUGCGUGUACAUGUUGACACAUACAGUUUAGGUACAAUGAUUAAGAAACUACACAAGACCAACAAAACGAUCACAAAUAACACAAAAACAAUACAGCAGCAGAUUAUUACAUUUACACAUAGGUUAUUCCCCUAACAGCACAAGAACUUGCAUUACCCGAAACAGUUACAAGCAAUACAAAAAUGAAUACUUCUGCCACUCAAGUGGGCAUCUUUGACCACUACCUGCAGGGUCAGUUGAAAGUGUAGUUUUAUGUCACCUGUGUGCAAGUCGCAGUGCCUUCUUACAUGCAAAUCCACAUUUAAAUAGUCACGCGUACGUGACGUGGUAGCUGUCUAAGGGACGGAAACCCUGCUGAGGCUGAGAGGCCCUCGGGUUAGUGGUCCUGCCAUGACGAGAGGUCUAGGUAAAGUACAAAGAAGGUAACUCAAUGCGAUGUGGUAUAGCUCUAGUCAUGUGGUAUAGCUCUAGUCAUGUGGUAUAGCUCUAGUCAUGUGGUAUAGCUCUAGUCAUGUGGUAUAUCUCUAUUCAUGUGGUAUAGCUCUAGUCAUGUGGUAUAGCUCUAGUCAUGUGGUAUAGCUUUAGUCAUGUGGUAUAGCUCUAGUCAUGUGGUAUAGCUCUAGUCAUGUGGUAUAGCUCUAGUCAUGUGGUAUAGCUCUAGUCAUGUGGUAUAGCUCUAGUCAUGUGGUAUAGCUCUAGUCAUGUGGUAUAGCUCUAGUCAUGUGGUAUAGCUCUAGUCAUGUGGUAUAACUCUUGCCACAAACCCAUUAUGAAUCCGUUGCUAACCCCUCCCUGUGUUUGAAUGUGAGGACAAGGAAGACCAGAGUGCCCGUCUCUGUCUCUUAUUUUCAAAAAGCACUAAAAAGCUAGAGUAUUGCUUUCAAAGUUGACUGCCAAUGUAUUUGAUUACCAGAGAAUAGGCAGGUGAUGUCAGAAUUUCGAGACACAUCAUAGUUGAGCACGCAGACUAGAAAACUGCUGCGUCUCCCAGGAGCCGGAGAAGAGAUGGACGAGGCAUUACUAGCCAUCAGAUCCUAUUCCACAGCUUGUGUGGGUGGUCGUAAUUACUCUAGCCAGGCCAUCAACAGACAACAAAUUAGGGAGCUUGUACUCCAGCCUCAAUUAAGUCUGUAGUCCAAUAAUGACGUGAUAUUAUCAGUUUUCGUAAUACAAAUGUGUUGAAUAGGAUACUGUUGUUUUUAAUGGCUCAUAGAUGAGAUGCUGUGAAAUCAACAAUGGAUUGGUCAAAAUGUCAGGCCUAUAGCUUUAUAGCCUCAGUUACUUUGAGAGAGAAUUUGUGGAAAAAAAUAAGUUACUAUACCCUGCUAUCCUUCACAUCCAAAAUGUCUUCUUACAUGGAAGUGAACUCCUCCGCCUUUUGGUAAACCCCAGAUAAACUAGUUUGUCCUAUACCCAAUGCAGCGUAGCACCCUUCCCCACCUCCACCCAGUCCACUUUGAACGAAAGCAGCUUGCACUUAUAGAAGUUUAAAAAAUGUCAUUAGAGAUAUCCACAGAUAACAUGCAGUAAAACCGCCACCUGGGUAGAAAAACAAAACAAGCUAAACAUGUAGUGUCAUACAGGUUAAGGGUGUCUGCAAGGUCUUCUGGGUAAUGGUUGACAGGGGCUUAUGUGGUCCAUGCCUGGGAAUUCUAUCACCAACGUCCAAUAAGGAUAAAGGGAUAAUAACACAACGUACAGUACAUUAACAACCACACAACAGUCCCUCUUUCAUAUGUCUGCUCUCACACACAGAGAGAGAGAACACCAUGGACAGUGGUCGCGUUUAGGGGCUAGCCACACCCUCAUCAUGUAGGGCUCACCAAUCGCAUGACAGUAGACACAGUUAGGAACAGACACAAGGAGACCAGGGAAAUCUGAGGAAUAGGAACACAGCAAGAAGUUUAGAUGUUGACUCCCUCUCCAGCUUCCAUUUGAGCACCAGACCAUCAGAAGCCUAUUGAAGCAGUUGGCCAGCCAUAUGGUGUAGUCUAACGGGGCGUUUUCUUAAUCAAGACUUGUCUCUUGGGUCAAAGAAAAUGUGGAUAAGGGCAUUGAAUCCUUUGGCGUCAAAUUAACCAAUUGACACAAUUCAACCAAGCUACGAAUUGUUGAAAUUCUCUUUCAAUUUUCUUUGCACUAUGGUGGUAGAUUGAGGUGUUGGAGAGGUUGUAUUGAAAGUUUAUCCUCCUUUUAAAGUGCGAUUUACAUCUGUUUCCAACUCUAACACUGCUUUAUUCAGAUUCCUCAUCUCCCACCUGGUUAUGUACUCAUACUCACAGUUCAUGAUACAAUAGUAACUACAGCAUUUAUUUUUAUGCAUAAUGUUUUUAUUGAUGAAAUGAGACAAAUUCAGUCAGUUACCUUAAUAACAUGUGGUGUUAACUGGCUUGUGAAAAAAGAUCCAUUGGUGCCAGAGGACAGUGACAUAAAAUGGUCCGCAUUUGGAACUCCUCGUGCAACAACAACAACAACAAAAAAUCUCAAACUAUUAAAGUGAAUAUCACUGUGUAAUAUUUAUUCAACUUGUAAUUUAUGUACUCUUUUAACCUUUGUCUUUUUUUGUUAUGACAAAGCAUUUAUUUAAAUAAAGUGAUGUAAUUCA